AUGUCACGGCCCCCUCCUGCACCCGAACGCUAUAGAAAUGGGCCAAUUAGGCCCCAUUUUUAUAACAAUGGUGUCGCAGCCGCUUCCGCUUCUGACCAGCAACCGACAAUGCGGGCUUCUGUGCAGGAGUUAACCCCAUCCAACUCAGCAGCUGAGGCCCUCAAGGCUGCCGAGUAUCGUUACAUGGUGAAGGAAAUGCGGCGCGCAGUGGACGAGUUCUCACGCCUGUCCUUCUACCACGCCUGUCCCUCUCUCGACCUACUGCAAGAAUGGAGGCGACUGGGUCCGGGAAACAUCGAGGCUCAGUUGGUUAUCGACUGGACCACUGAGUUUCUACCCAAAUACCGCCUUACCCUGGAGGCUGCCCGAGAGUUCAACGCGAUUUUGCAAGCAUCGCGCGAUUUUACCCGAACCGCAUCGUUAUUUGGGUAUAUGUCGGGUUCUUUCGAGAUAGACCCAGGCAGGAAGUUCUGCAGCCGUUUGGCGACUCUGGGGCUGUCGAAGCUAAGUACCUUUCGACUGGGUUUGGAAUGUUUGAUCAGGAAAUUCGCUGAAUUUUAUUUACAUUUCGAACGCGUCAGCAAGGCCGUCUCCCUCCUACACCCCACCCUUCCUGACCCAGGUCUGCCACCUGGCGUUUUCCUUAACGGGGUGGACUCUUGUCCCCCGGGUCGCACGCUCAGAGAGCGCCAACCACCCUCGCUACCGGUACGCUCAUUCGAGCGCCAAGUACCCGCUAGCCUGCACUUGGGCCACUCCCUGGUGGAACCUCAAACGCCCACGCUGCCGGUACGCUCUCGCGAGCGCCAAGUCACCGGUGACUCAGCCAUGGACCGCUCCCUCAGCAAGCGUCAAUCGUCCACGCGCACGGUACGCUCGCCCGUUGAGCGCCAAGUAGCCGUAGCCGCCCCUGCGUCGUGUAGCACCCAAGAAAUGCCACGUCAGCUCGUUGCGACCCAUCCCACCACCGAUUCCAUGGCAUUCGCGCCCGGUAGCCCCACCCCCCUCUCCCACCACCUCUCUGCAUCGUCCAACGACCUCACCACGACCGUGUCCGGCCAUCCCACCGUCGAUUCCAUGGCAUUCGCGCCCGAUCCAACCGCGCCUGGCCAUUCCACCCUCAAUCCCAUGGAAUUCGCGCCCGAUCACGAUGUGCGCGUCGUUCACAACGCGUCAUUCGCCCCUCCAACCACGUCUGGCCCCUCCCCCACAUCCAUCUUCGACUCCAGCGCGCCCGGCAAACGCGUUGCCGUCGUCGUCGUCGUCCCCGUCGUCAUCGUCCCCGUCCCCCUCCACGCCCCCUCCCGCGCCAAAUCUGGCGCGUCUAUCGACUCUGACGCGUCCAGUACCACGACAGACGCGUCCUGGAGCCCCUCAGCCGUGCCCACCGUCAAAAUGGGCGAGUCUGACGCCCAUCCAGCCACGCACGGACCCGGUACCACUUCCCCCUCCCAGCCUUCCAAGCCGUCUGCGUCCACCGGGUGA